UCAUUUAUUUUAUCUUUAGCUAUAUUUCCUCUUUUUUUCAGAAUUUCAGAACUACUUCCAUUGCAAAAACUUUUUUUUCUUACAGUAUGCAAAAUUAAUAUUGCCUCAUGUUGCGUUAGUGGCAUUCGUUUGUGCAUAUGCGAUGGCUGGAGCUUGGUUAUUUUUAUCGCUCGAAUCACCCAACGAAGACAAGCUUAGAAAAUUGGGACGAUCAAGGAUCGAGAAAACCAGAAAGGAAUUUAUCGAUAACAUGUCGAUUGAUCAGUGGAUUGCCAAUGUCGAUAUUGAACUGCAAAAGUUCAAUCAACAUCUUUAUGUUGCAUUCAAAGAACAAUACGUUAGGUACAUUUUUUUCUUGACAUUUUUUUUUCUUUUUUUUUGGCUAAAGUUAAAAUCGCAAACUAAAGGUGCAAAAAAAUUAUGGACAUCAAGUAGCGCUCUGUUUUUUGCUGCAACAACAAUGGCUACGAUUGGUUACGGUAACAUAGUACCUGUAACAACAUACGGUAGAAUAACGUGCGUUAUCUUCUCAUUGGUGGGGGCCCCAUUGGCUAUCAUAACAAUAGGUGACCUUGGCAAAUUUUUGUCUGAAUGUACGAUAUGGUUGUACAGAAAGAUGAAGAAGGGUCGUGGAUUAUUUCAAUAUAUUUAUCACAAAUGUUUUGUUGUCAUCGUUUUUGUUUUAUUUGAAGCCACUGGUCCUUUAAAUUUAGAUGAUUUGGUUAUGGAUAAAGCCGAAGUGCCUGUUAUUUUAGUAUUUACAAUAUUAUUGUUGUACAUUGCGUUUGGUGGAAUACUGUUUUGUGUGUUGGAAUCCUGGUCCUAUAUGGAUGCGUUUUAUUACUGUUUUGUUUCACUAACUACUAUUGGAUUUGGUGACUUGGUACCAGAACGGCAUGAAUAUAUCGUCUUGAUGCUCGUUUACUUGGGAGUAGGACUUGCUGUAACAACGAUGUGUAUUGAUCUUGUGGGAAUUCAAUACAUACAAAAGAUUCAUUACUUUGGCAGGAAAUUUAGGGGUGCAGAUUUGUUGAAUUUAUUGAAAAGGAAACGAAUGAUUGAAAAGCACUUUGCUAUGGGUCGCGGCGAAGAAAUUCUCCAGAUCUACCUUCAGUUAAACAUACUUUUUGCUUACGCAGAUCUAUCUUUCCACUGCUCUUUGUCGACGUCUCCUUCCGUUUACGAGAGAGAAGAUAUCUAUGCAAACUUUAAGUCUCCGGAGCCUUCUCCUGUGGGUCUUGCAUGCAUGUAUGAAUGGAAUUCUUAUAUUCAAAUGCUUGAGGAUUACAGCAAGCCCUAUGUCAAGUUAGCAAUUUACUUUUCCGUAUAUCCGUCAAGACCAGAGUCGGUUGCAGAAUCAGAUCAAACAGGGUCGUCAAAAUUUGAAAUAGAUUUGGGAGCGUUUGAGCUUGUUGAUUCGAAUAUUUCUGCUGAAGCAUUAUUGUCACAACAAGAACCGGUGCUUUUCCAUCAAAAUAUUCCUGUCCACAGUAUUCAUCAUGAUACAGUACAAACAGAGACAGCUCUUGAAACAAUUAUGACUGCUCCAGAUUCGAUGUUAGCUGGAAUAGUUCCUCCACCAAUGGUUGAUGAUAACUACUGCUUUAUUGUCGACGGUCGUAAAGUGCCUAUAUCCGAGAUUAUGAAAGAUCAGCAGUGGUGGCAACAUACAAGCCGGCCAACCAAAUACUACUACUCGGAAGACAUGCGAACGUUUCAGCGUGUCAACUGUAUUGCUGCCAAAGGUCGUAUUAUUUCAGCAAAAAUUACCUCAACCGUGCCUUCUGGCCUGCUUUCGAUGCAUUCCUCAUCAACGUUUUCAUCACCGCGUAGUUCUAUUUCAUUACCAAAUGCAAGGGGAGUUCCUCGUGGUGAAAGUGUUCCAUUGUAUAAUGUUUAUAAAGUAAUACGAUAUUAUAGUUUUUGGAGAAGCUGCAAGGGCUUUCAUAGGAUAGUUACAGUAAUUGAUAGAAUUAAUAAUGAUGACCCAAAUAGAAAUCCGUUAUUUAAGAAACGUUAUUUUGUGCAGUAUAUCUGGCGUAAGGUGAAACCAAUUGAGAAGGCUAAAGUGCGUCAGGAUUAUGAGAUGAGAAAACCUAGAGUACAAAAAAGUUGA